UUCAACGUGACAAGAGAACAAGUUGUUAGCGUUUUGAAUAGCGUAAAUGCAAAGAUGCAAGAUAAUGAUUUGGUAAAGGAAAGCAAAUCUGCAACCGACUAUGUCCUCCGAGGAAACGAAGAGGCACUGAACAGUUUUGCGAGCGCAGAAAUCUUACCUCUCUGCCGGGAAAGGAUGGAAAAUAUUACCCUGGAACUAUUGUCUACUGACGAGUGCUCUGGCUUUUAUGACUGUGUGGUUUGGAGCUUUGGAGAAAUAUACCAACUGGUGGACUCCGUCGACCCACAGCUUCUUCCAAGAGCUCAGCAAGAUUUACCCGCCUUGGAGGAACAGUUUUACAGCCUUUUUGAGAAUGACACCAAGAGCUUUACAGAACUGGUAGAUAUAACAACGGAAAUCUUAAACGAACUGAGAUUGUUGAGAGCUGAUGAGAUCUUCUGUGGUACCGUGCCAGAAAUAACACAGGAUCCAAGAAAUGUGACUGUGAGGUUAGGAGAAAGUGUCACGUUAACGUGCUUGGCUUCAAGCAUCCCCGAGCCCAGCUACUUCUGGUUCAUGAACGAGGAAAUGUACGGCACUGGUGGGUCUCUAACACUGACGGCUGUGACGAGUGAGGAUGCCGGAGAGUACGUUUGUGUGGCUGGAAAUCACGUGGCUAACGUCACGUCCAACCCAGCCAUUGUCUCAGUUAUCUCCCCUCCUACAAUUCUGUCUCAGCCCCCAUCCCAGAUUGAAGUGGUUAAUGGCGACGAAGUAGUCGUGACUUGCAAUGUUUCCGGUUUACCACAACCCAAUAUAACGUGGCGUAAGCCCUCCGAUAAUACCUUUGAAACGACAAAUAAAUCUCUAGUAUUGCCUUCCAUUCAGGAAUCAGACGCUGGAGUGUACAAGUGCGAAGCUGUUAACCAGUAUGGAACUGUAUCAUCUAGAGAAGUGACGAUUGAGGUCCUAGAAGCCAGACAGCUUUGUCCAACAAUGACACUGAGAUUUGGGUUUAUUACCGUUGAACCAGGCAACGUCAGUGAGAACGACACGCUGCUCAAGGGAGAUUUAAGUAAGGCUGCCUUAGAGACAGCUUUUCAGGACUCUUUGCUUCUAAUUGCUAACGCUACAGAGCCGCUGACUGCUGACGUUAGAAUAUUAAAAACUUCACAAAAUGAGGCCGAGUUGUCUUUUAUCGCUGGUUGCGACAAUCGUCCAGAGAAAUGCUCACUCAGUGCUUGCGUGCGAAUGCAUCAGGCAGCUCAACUUUACCUUCAGCAUUCCAUUGCUCGCGUUCAAGACGCCAUACUGUCAGAUCAGCCGCUGUUCAUCAGAGAUACGAAGGUUUAUUUCUUUAAUCCAUCAGUCGUCGAUGCCCCAGAUGUAUCAGCUAGAUGUCCUACAGGAUUUAAGGAAAGAAAAGAAAAUGUCUGUGUUAAAGUUGAUGAUGGGCCGCCGACAAACUUGAAAAUCAGUAGACGUUAUCAAUUUGGGAGGAUUGGUCUUUUCAUCAUUACCUGGGAAUCAGCCAUACCGGCCUCUUCGGAAUCAAAGAAACAAGUCUACGUAGUUGAAGUUAUUAAUCGACGGUACAACCCUGCGUACAUCUCCAAGACUCUAGAUGAACGUUCCGGCUUUAUGGUCUGGUCCAACUCCGGUCCCACAACCGUCCGAGUUCGCCGAGAUGGAGGAGGACAGAACAGCCCUUAUGCCGAACUUGUCAUACCAGCUUUCUGAGAAAGAUGCCCUAAAAAUCAACGUCGCUCCCAUUGGAUGGCCGUGUGAAGAUGAUUUCCUAGAGACGACUUAUAUCCUGUCGAGCAAUGUAUAAAGUACAUUUCCGUAACUGUAUUGAAAAUAUUGCUUAGCAAUGUCUUAUAGCUUUAUAUAUAAAAAUAUCAUACCUAUAAAGAUGUACGGCUGUGUGUUUGCUGAAGUCAGUUGUUAGUCUCAUGUAAGGUUUUCACAUAUUGCCAGCCAGAUUGUUCACAUUAAAGUAUUUUACAAAAGACUUUGAUAUCAAGAAAAUAACAACGUUUCCGCUUAAAAUACUACAAUUGCUAUUCAGGAUAUCUAUGAUUUAAUUCCUGUUUAAUUAUCAACUGAAGCUGCCGAUCAGAUCGGUAAGGACAAAGGACAGCUAAAACUAUGCAAAUAUCGCAAAUUUCCAAGAAUGAAAUAUGUGACAUUUUCACAGGAAGAGAUUGCGAGUUAUCAUGGUGUUAAAUGAAAUUCAUAUUGUGUGUGGGUAUACAACACCCAUAGGAUAAUAAUGAGUUGUAUUGCAAAGAAGUAAAAUGGCUUAUUAUCUCAAACUGAUAAAUGUCAGUGAAAAAAGUCAAAAGAUUUGAACCGUCGUUCAGAAAACCUGGAGAAAUAUAAAUGGCCAGAUAAGAGACAACAAUUUAGACAAGCAUCAAAUCCUACAUGUGUAUGCAACGCGUAAACCAUGAAGGGAUGUUACAAGUUAACAGUUGUACUGAAUGCGCAAUGUUGAGUACAUACAGAUGGAAAGGUCAUUUCUGUAAGAUGAUUGUAAAUUUAUCACCUGUCACACAAGUAUCCCGUUUUAGGCAAAUAGUGGUGAAAAUCUCUGGAAUUGUGCAUAUGGGCUCUUCAUACUUCAUUUAGCUACCAAAAAUAUCUGAAAACUUAAGUUUUUCGAAUUUUAAUAAUCAAUACGCGUGGCGGGUUUAACUGAUGAGUAAACUUCAAGUUUGGUGUAAGCAAAGUGACAUCCUCAUAAGUAUAAACGUCUGUAACUGCGUAACUACUCUAUACCGCUUGUUAUUUUAAUACUGUGCGUGGUAACUACACAGAUAUCAUAUCUAAAGUUAUAUAAUUUCUUAAGCUAUAUCAUUUUUGUUUGCAAGGCAGUUUUUUUUAAUAUGUUAGUAUGUUAAAUGUGAUUACGAUACAGCAUUUUUACUCUUGUUUAUGCUUGUUAACAACUGUGUAGAAAGAGAUGUUGCUUUAAUAAAAGAUG